UUCUCUCAUUCUGCCCAUGGGAGCAUUUGCCCUUCUCCAGCCUGAGAGGCAACACCUGUGGCCCUUUCCUGAGCCCUUCACCAGGUUCCUCUUCCCCCCACCCAACCACACCAGGAGCCUCCCGAGCAAGGCCGGGCAGAACCAGCCGCUGAUAACGCGACUUCCAGGUUUGCUCCUGCCAAGGCCGGGCCGUUGAACGCCGGGGCCCAGACGGGCGCCCCGUGUUUGUCUGAGAGCUCCUGGCAGCUCGGGGGCCUUGGUGCCAUGGUACAGCCUGGGGUAAUGACCCUGUUUAUCCUGUUUGGGUAAUCCUGAUAAGGCCCAACCCGCCGGGACAGCGAUUCAUUGAGAAAACGGCUGUUGACGCAGCGCUGGGAACUCGUUUGCCCCCGGCCAAUCAGCCCAGGGACAGCGGGGCUGGUUGGGUGGUGUUUUUUUUUUUUUUUUUUUUUAAUGAGGGCGGCUUAAUCAGGGCGGUCAAGGCUGUGGAGGGGUGUUUCAGUGGUGACCCAGCCUUAUAAGAGCUGGCUGGAGCAGCCCCAGGGCUGGCAGAGCUGGGAGGACGGAGAUUUUAGGAGGGGGUUUUACGUCCGUCUCCCACCGGGAAGGAGUUUCGCCGAGGAGCCGGCUCAGCUGCGGGCAUGGAGUGCGAGAGGUGCCAGUGCCACGGCGAGGAUAAGAACACUGCCAUCCUCUACACCCUCCUCAGCCAGAACCUGCAGCCCGGGCGGGCCCGGCAGCGCUGCCUGUGCCACCAGCGCCGCACCGUCCGGCUGCGCACGCCCCACGUCACCUGCCAGGCGGCCUCCGACGUGCUGGUCAAAACCAUCAGCUUCAUGAAAAACCUGCCUUCCUUCCACCUGCUGCCGAAGGAGGACCAGCUCCUGCUGCUGGACAGCUGCUGGGUGCCCCUCUUCCUGCUGGGGCUGGUGCAGGAGAUGGUGACCUUCGAGGUGACGGAGGCGCCGGCCCCCAGCAUGCUCAAGAAGAUCCUCCUCAGCGGGCAAAGCAAAGGGCAGGAGCCUGAGAGGACACAGCCCACGCUGGCCGCAGUGCAGCGGCUGCAGUGCUGCCUCAACACCUUCUGGAGCCUGGAUCUGAGCCCCAAGGAAUACGCCUACCUGAAGGGAGCCAUCCUCUUCAACCCAGACAUCCCCGGCCUGAGGGCUUCCCUCUACAUCGAGAGCCUGCAGCGGGAGGCCCAGCAAGCCCUCCAGGAGCUCCUGCAGCCGCUGCACCCCGAGGACCAGGGACGCUUUUCCCACAUUUUACUGGUCGCCUCCACCUUGAAAUCCAUCCCCCCCGCCCUCAUCACGGAUCUGUUCUUCCGGCCCGUCAUCGGCGACGCCGACAUCGCCGAGCUGCUGGUGGAGAUGCUCUAUGAGGCUCCGGGGCUGUGUGUGCCCUGCUGAGCACCCCAGGACGCUCCCCACGCCUUGCCAGGAUCCACAGCAGAUCCAGGAGCGGGGAUUUAGGGAGAGAGAAGCGCUCCGGACUCUUUGGGAACUGCGUGUGUUUUGCUGGGGCUGAGGCUGGAGGAUCCGUGCAGAAGCAGCUCUGGCUCAGCAGAUGUUUACAGCGGCUCCUGCUGGCCUCCUUUUCAUGGAGUGUGAGGGAUUUCCUUCCCUGUUCCCUGUUCCCCCCUGCCUGUGAGCUCUGGUAGAGCCUGAUCCCAGUU